CUCUCCCUAGGGUUUUAGAAAGCCGGGGCUUUUAGAUCCUCCGAGGGGUUUAGACGCUGCGAUAGAGAGUUGGGACUUGGGAGUGAAGGAAAAUCUGAAGCUCGUUGUUUUGCUGUGAUUGAACACAAUGGCGACGGCACUGAACGUUCCUCCAACAGCUCCUGUUACGACGCCGCAGCAGAUGAAGAAAGAGGAAGAGAAAGUGGAUUACUUGAACCUCCCUUGUCCUAUUCCCUACGAGGAGAUCCACCGUGAAGCUCUCAUGUCUUUAAAGCCAGAACUAUUUGAAGGGAUGCGCUUUGAUUUUAACAAGGGACUCAGUCCGAAGUUCUCACUAAGUCACAGUGUGUUCAUGGGACCAAUGGAGAUUCCUUCACAAUCUUCUGAAACCAUCAAAAUCCCUACUGCUCACUAUGAGUUUGGUGCCAACUUUAUUGACCCAAAGUUGAUGCUUUUUGGGAGAAUACUGACUGAUGGGAGGCUCAAUGCAAGACUGAAGUGUGAUUUAACUGAAAAUCUUACACUGAAGGCUAAUGCUCAGCUUUCAAGUGAGCCACAUAUGUCACAUGGCAUGGCUACUUUUGAUUACAAGGGCAAAGACUACAGGUCCCAGUUUCAACUAGGAAAUGGUGCCUUAUUUGGAGCAAAUUAUAUUCAGAGUGUGACCCCACAUUUGUCUUUUGGUGGUGAAGUGUUUUGGGCUGGUCAGCAUCGGAAGUCUGGUAUUGGUUACGCUGCUCGAUACAAUACGGAGAAGAUGGUUGCCACAGGUCAAGUUGCAAGUACAGGAUUGGUUGCGCUGAGCUAUGUUCAGAAGGUAUCGGAGAAGGUUUCUCUAGCAUCAGACUUCAUGUACAAUUACAUGUCAAGAGAUGUCACUGCCAGUUUUGGUUAUGAUUACAUCCUUCGACAGUGCCGCCUCAGAGGGAAGAUUGAUUCCAAUGGUGUUGCGGCUGCUUUUCUGGAAGAACGGUUGAAUAUGGGUCUAAAUUUUAUACUUUCUGCAGAGCUUGAUCACAGCAAGAAAGACUAUAAAUUUGGGUUUGGACUGACAGUGGGCGAGUAGAUCAGCACAACUUGAUGCUGUUUUAUCCUCGUUGUUGCGAGCCGUCUUGCUUUAUUUUUCCUAUUGUCAGCAGAUGAAAGAAUCAGUUUUGUACUUCUAUUAUUUGUGGGUAGCAUCAGAUGCUGCCACAAUCGUAGUGCUCAUAUUGAUUGAUUUUGAGUUACACACUUGUUACCCUUUAGGGCUGUAGAAUGAGAUAAAAUAAUGAAAAUUAAAGAUAUUUAGGUUUUUAAUAAUGUGAUUGUUUUGCUUCUUUUA